UUUCUUUCAGUUUACCCAAAUCUAUGGUUCCUGAUCCCGUCCGAUACCGAUGACUACGGUUACGACAUCUACACCCACAACUUUACCGUUCCAGACUCCACAAACUUGUACCACGUGGCUACCUUCGACUUCAAUACCUCCUCGUUACUCCCAAACGCAACGCUGUUCCACGACAAGACGUUCGACCUGGGUGGCCGCACGAUCCGCACCGGAGUGAUCGACUACAUCCCGUACUGUUCCACGAGCUAUGUCGGUACGAACCAGGGUAAUGCCGACGCGUUCAACUCUACGGCGCGGAAGGAACUCCAGAUCGACGGAUUGGACGGGUCACUUAUCGUGGAGUUUUGCAAGCUGCGCAACUGCAACUUGAAGUUGUGGCCUUUUGGACCGGAUCAGUGGGGAAACAUCUACGAGAACGGUACUGGCGAAGGAAUGCUGUACUCGACGUACGCCAAGCAAACUGAAUUCGCGAUUUGUUGUUUGUACUACAGCUGGGUCAACAACUAUCUAGAUUUCAGCAAAUCUAUUGCUUACUCUUCAGUUCUUAUUAUGGUCCCAAGAGCUAAGCUUUUACCAACCAUAUUUACUCCACUGUAUCCAUUUGAUCCCACUUUAUGGUUGGUAGUGUUCAUAACACUUGUUAUCAUGACUGUUGUUCAUCAUGUUAUUACCACCUUGAACCUGAAGGGUAAGAAACCACCGGUGGAGAAAUCAAUCUUUGACAUCAUUUCGGUAUAUUUGGAUCAGGGAAUCUUUCCCAAUACAACUACCUCAUCAUACCGUAUUCUAAUAUCAUUCAUGCUACUGUCCGGAGUUGUACUGAGUAAUUCUUACGCUGGAGGACUCGCGAGUGUCCUGACCAUUCCCAGAUAUGAAAAGUCCCUGGAGACGAUCCACGACUUCGCUCAGAGUCCGUACCGCUGGGGAGAUCCAGCUAUCGCUUGGAUUUUGUCCCUUGUUGAUGCUGAAACAACCGAUCUCAAAACUGUCGUACACAAGUUCGACAUCAUCCCCGACGUGGAAGAUCUUCACGAGCGCUUAUCGAAAGCUGACUUCGGAAUUGGGAUUGAACUUCUCAACAGUCAAAAGCUAACCGUUGGUCCGUACAUCCGCGAGGACAACGUACACUCCUUGGAGAUGCUGAAGCAGCUGCUUUACUACGACUACACCGGAGCCGUGUCCCAGCGGGGUUGGCCCCUGAUGGAACCGUUUGACAAGUUUAUUCUGGAAGCGAUCCAGCACGGACUCGUGAUUCACUGGGAAAAGGCGAUGCUGCGCAAAUAUCAGACCACAAGGAUGGAAGCGGCCCUCGAUCCGGCCAGUUCCCGAACUCAGCAGGACGACACCGUGCAAGCACUGACCGUGGAGCAUAUUUUGGGACCGAUUUUUAUUCUGCUGGUGGGAACAACGCUGGCAACCGGGAUUUUCCUUCUUGAGGUGUUGUGGCACUCGUUGGGAUUGUGUUUGGGGCGGUGGCAUCUGAAGCGUUGUACAAGGCGAGAUAUUACCGAAGAAGUAGAAUUUGAGUAUCUGGAAUAAGAAUAUUUCUGAAAUAAACUUUAACGAGCUAAAAACUAAAAAAAAA